CAGUCAGCCAGUCACAGUCCCGCAGCCCCCGCUCACCCCUGCUGCGUGGUAGUCUGCCCUCCUUAUCUCCGUUAAUCGCCCCAGACCCCGGCAGCAGGUGCUUUUCUUCAGGCAGAACUACGGAAACUUGAGAAUGGAAACGACUACCAAUGGCUCCGAGGAUUUGUCAUCACAGAUGGAGCUGGAUGCAUUUCGGCGUCUUUUCCCCUUGCGUUUUCAUGAGCGUUAUCUUGUUGAAUCUAUACGACCAGAUGGACGAGCACUUGGAGAAGCUAGACAUACAACAGUUGUGCUUGGCAGUGUGGCAUCUGCAAAUGGAUCUUCACUGGUAAAGAUUGGUUCCACAACAAUGUUGGCUGCAAUCAAGAUGGAAGUCAUGACUCCAGCUGCGGAAUCUCCUGAUGAGGGAUCCAUAGUGGUUGAAUUCUACAUGCCUCCAAUUUGUUCUUCUCUUGUACGACCUGGUCGGCCCGCGGAGGCAGCUCCAGUAAUUUCAAAACAGUUAUCUGACGCUAUUACUAGUUCGGGCAUGAUUGACUUCAAAGAACUCUGUGUGGUUAGUGGAAAAGCUGCUUGGAUGGCAUACCUAGACAUAUACUGUUUGGACGCUGAUGGUGCUCUGUUUGAUGCUGCAUUACUUGCAGCAGUUGCUGCCUUUUCACAUUUGGAGAUUCCUCCAGCUUCUUUGAAUGAUGACGGGAGAGUAGUUCUUGGUUCUAAAAACAAAAACAAAAAGGAUGUAAUGGAUGAAAAUGAACCGGUCUCUAAAGAAGGGAAGAAAAAACUGAAUAUAAAUAGUGUUCCCUUCUCAUUGACAUGCCUACUACACAAAAAAUAUAUCCUAGCAGACCCUACAGCAGAGGAAGAGUCUGUAAUGGAAGCUGUUCUUACUGUGGUAUUGGAUUCAUCGUAUCAAAUUGUAUCCCUUAACAAGCCAGGAGGGGCUGUCCUUGCCCACACUUCAACUAUCAAGGAUUGCUUUGCAUUGACAAAACAAAGAGUCAACCAACUAAAGAGUAUACUGAACGAGGCAAUAUCUGAUAUGGAAGUAGACUAAAAAACGAAAGCUUCAAUGUGCAUAUGUUCAUCUCUGCAACAUGUUCUGUCUGCAAGUGUUGUUUAGAGUAAUUUUCUUGAUGUUUUGAUGCUUCAGCCUGUGGACUGCCUAGAUUUGUUGUCUAGAUAGAUUAUUACUUCAUGUUCUUUUUUGCCUGAAGUCUCUCAUCCUUCUUUUCCAAGGGAUUAGUACAUAUAGCAGAGUGGUGCAUUAGUGAAUUGCACGUUUGAGUAGGGCUGGAAUUUAUAACCGAAAAACCGAAAACCGAACCGAAAAAACCCGAACCGAGCGGGAAAAAAACCGAACCGAAACUGAACCGAC